AUGAGUUUCAAAGGCUUUACUAAAAGUCUCGCUCGUGCGCCACAACAGUUCAAAGUCAAGUUCAAUCUUGGUGAACAUACCAAAGAUGCGGUGUACUUGGAUGCCGAACGCCGAUUUCAGGAGCUCGAGAGGGAGACAAAGAAGUUGCACGAUGAAUCAUCAAAAUAUGCUAUUGCAAUUAACGGCAUGAUGAGCCACCAGAUUGAAUUCGCUCAAGCUGUCGAGGAAAUCUACAAGCCCAUCUCCGGACGUGCCUCCGAUCCAAACUCCUUCCAAUUUGAGGGAAAUGCAGAGGGUAUUCAGGCCUGUGAGGAUUAUCAGGCCAUCGUCCGUGAACUACAGGAGGCGCUGGGUCCAGAGCUAGAAAUGAUCGAGAGUCGAGUGAUCAGCCCCGCCGAUCAGUUGUUGGAGGUGAUCAAGGUGAUUCGCAAGGUUGCCACCAAACGAGACCAUAAGCAGUUGGACUACGAUCGUCACCGUGCCACGCUAAAGAAGCUGGAAGAGAAAAAGGACAAAUCGCUCAAGGAUGAAAAGGCUCUCUACAAGGCCGAGGCGGAUGUCGAGUCAGCCACUCAGGAAUUCAACUACUACAACGAUCUGCUUAAGGACGAGCUACCCAAGCUAUUUACCCUCGAAGCCGAGUUUAUCCGCCCACUAUUCCAAUCCUUCUACUAUAUGCAACUCAACGUCUUUUAUACUCUUCACGAGAAGAUGAAUGGCAUGAAUAUCAGCUACUUCAACCUCGAUCUGGAUAUUGAAGAGGCCUUUGAUAUGAAGCGCGGCGAUGUACAGGAGCAAGCCGAGGCUUUGAAGAUUGUGCAUUUUAGAACACAGGCUGCAAAGCGUUCCAAUUCCUCCCGGUUGAAUCCGCUAGGAAAGGGAGAAGAUGGCAAGUUUGGUGGGCGAAGCCGGGCUUCUUCCAAUGUCGAUGAGAACCCCCCGCCGCCAUACACCUCUGACGGCGCCACUCCUGAUCUAGCUGAAGCUGCAAAGGGCAAGGGACCCCCACCAAUCCCACGAGGAAAGCCUGCUCACCUGAAACCGGUUGAGGUAGCCACCGCGCUUUAUGAUUAUGAGGCUCAGGCCCACGGUGAUCUUGGAUUCUCUGCUGGCGAUUUGAUAGCAAUCACUCACCGUACUAAUAACACGAAUGAGUGGUGGUCUGGAAAGAUCAACGGCCGUGAAGGUCAAUUCCCAGCCAACUAUGUCCAGCUGAAUUAG